AAGGCGAAGGGGAGAAAAACAGAAAGAGCGCCGAGGCCUCCUGGAAAAGCACGCUCGGUGACCAUGGCAACAAGGCUCAUCGCAAUGGAGGGAGGCGUUGGCGUUCUGUCGCCGCCGCCGCCGCCGCCGCCGCCUUGAGUUUAUUGCGAAGUUCCGUUUUUCUUCCCUGCGGUUUCCAACUACCGUAUUCUCAGAUCGCCGAGUUCCGAUGUGUCCUCUGAACCUGUCGGGGUUGUUUGUUUGUUUCAGUUGCAGAACUGGAUUCGAAACAUCGAAAAGGGAGCCUCGUAGCGGCUUUUCGCAAUUAACAAAUCGCACGCGACCGAUUUCAUUGCGGCUCACUUUUUUUUUUUUUGUCACAACAUUAUAUACAGGAACAUAUAUUGAAAGGAAACGAUAAGACAGCAACGGUAGGCACUUUUGUGCACUUAUGCACGCCCCUUAUAGUCCUCUUAGGAAUGGGGUGAGGUCCAUAGUAGACAGUUUUUGGUUGAAGUUUUUGGGAGUUGGAGAGGAGACCACAGAGUCUGGUAGUUUAUUCCAAGCUUUAACAACUCUGUUACUGAAGUCAUAUUUUCUGCAAUCAAGAUUGAAGCGGUUGACAUUAAGUUUGAAUCUGUUGUUUGCUCUUGUAUUAUUGUGAUUGAAGCUGAAGUAGUCUUUAACAGGAAGGACAUUGCAAUAGAUGAUUCUGUGUGUUAAACACAGGUCUUGUUGGAGUCGGCGGAGUUCUAAAUUCUCUAAUCCCAGGAUUUCAAGUCUGGUGGAAUAAGGUAUUUUGUUGUUUACAGAGGAGUGGAGAACUCUUCUUGUAAAAUAUUUUUGGACACGUUCAAUUGUAUUAAUGUCAGAGAUGUGGUAUGGGUUCCAGACAGAUGAGCUGUAUUUAAGAAUGGGUCUGGCAAAUGUUUUGAAUGCUCUGGUUAGUAGUGUAGAGUUUUUGGAAAAGAAGCUACACAGAAUUAGGUUUACAACUCUAAGAGUUGCUAUAUAGUUGCAGUGGGCUUUGGCACUUGGAUCAUUUGAUAUGAAAACUUCAUCGGAUGCGGCAGGGCGGCUAGGCUGAUGUAGGGCUUGAAUUGGGGUGAGGCGGAAGGGCGUGAGAGAAAGACAAGUCGGUUAUGCCGAUACAGGUUACAUAAGUGUAUUAGGAUUAUUAGGUUAAUUAUUAGGUUAAUACCUUUGCGGUAUUAACUGUUGUCUGAUGUGUUAAAGGCCCCCCCUCCCACCAGUUGGGUUUGCUGAGUUCUGAGACUGCCUGAAGCCUUUUGAUAUAUGUGACUUCAGCAGCCUCUUGCUCAAUAGCAAUGACACUUAGAGGUAUACCGCUUCACAGUACAUUUCAGCCCUCUCUAAAACGGUUUACAAAGUCAACAUAUUGCACCCAACAAUCUGGGUCCUCGUUUUACUGACCUUGGAAGGAUGGAAGGCUGAAUCAACCUUGAGCCAGUUGGGACCGAACUCCUGGCAGUGGGGAGAGUUAGCGUGUAAUACUGCAUUCUAACCACUGCUUUUAUAGCUGCCUGUCUCAGACAAGUGACUGAGUGGUGAACUAUUCUAAAAUAGGUUAAAAAUGGUUUUCAGACAGUCUUUGGGUUAAAACGACAACAGUGGUGGGUUGCUCCUGGUUCUGUCCGGUUCUUGCGAACCGGUAGUAAAAGCGGCGGGAGGCUCUGCCCACCAACCCUGACGUCAUAUUUUGCGAUCUCAUGCGCAGGAGCAUAUGCACUCCAGUUGCAAACCGGUAGUAUAAGUAAAUAGAACCCACCCCUGAUCCACAACUAUUCAAAGUUAGGAUGGUAGCUGGACUUAUGACUAGUCUUCAAGGUUGUGCCCCCUCACAGUGCUCUUGUAGGCAGAAUUAAGGUAAAGGUUCCCCUCGCACAUACGUGCUAGUCGUUGCUGACUCUAGGGGGCGGUGCUCAUCUCCGUUUCAAAGCCGAAGAGCACACGCUGUCCGAAGACGUCUCCGUGGCCAUGUGGCUGGCAUGACUCAAUGCCAAAGGCGCAUGGAAUGCUGUUACCUUCCCACCAAAGGUGGUCCCUAUUUUUUCUACUUGCAUUUUUACGUGCUUUCAAACUGCUAGGUUGGCAGAAGCUGGGACAAGUAACGAGAGCUCAUCCCAUUACACGGCAGCACUAGGGAUUCGAACCGCUGAGCUGCCGACCUUUCGAUUGACAAGCUCAACGUCCUAGCCCCUGAGCCACCAUGUCCCUUUCAUAGGCAGAAUUACAGAAGGGAUAAAAUGGAUAUAAAGAUGUUGACACUCUAGAAAGAGUGCAGAAAAGAGCAACAAAGAUGAUUUGGGGACUGGAGACGAAAGCAUAUGGUUGUGGGAAUUGGAAAUGUCUAGUCCUAAGGAACAGAAGGACUUGGAUGACAUGAUAGCAAUCCUCCAAUAUUUGAGGGCUCUCACAGAGAGAAGGAGGUCAAUCUAUUCUCCAAAGCACCUGAGGGCAGCCAAGACAAGAAGUAAUGAAUGGAAGCUUAUCAAAGAGAGAUCAAACCUAAAGUUAAGGAGAGCUUUUUGGACACUGACAAUUAGUGGAACAGCUUUUCUCCAGAAGUUGUGAGUGCUCCAUCAACUGGAGGUUUUUAAGAAGAGAUUAGACAAUCACUUGUCCGAAAUCGUAGCCUCCUGCUUAAGCAGGGAAGUGGACUAGAAGACCUCCAAGUUCCCUUCCAACUCUGCAAUUCUGUAAUAUUUACUGCACAAAAGAUACCACAUAAAUGCACAGUCAUUCGUAUGAAAAAUAUGGAAAAUGAAUUGUCUUUUUAAAAUAUGAAGAAGUUUGAUGAUGUCAAACUAUUUAACACCACCAACAAUACAACUACCCUUCAAAAAGACCUUGACUUUGUAUCUGAAUGGUCUAAAACUUGGCAACGCCAAAUCUCAACCAGCAAAUGUUCAGUCUUACAUAUUGGAAAAAAGAACCUAAACACUAAGUACAAGCUUGAUGGACAUUACCUUACAAAUGACCCCCACCUUGUUAAAGACCUUGGAGUUUUCAUAUCAAAUUAUCUAAGUGCCAAAUCCCACUGCAACUACAUCGCAAAAAAGGCCUUAAGCGUUGUAAACCUAAUCUUGCGUGCCUUCUUCUUCAAAAACACUACACUACUAACCAGAGCAUAUAAAACAUUUGCUAGACCAAUUAUUGAAUACAGCUCGACUGUCUGGAACCCAUACCACAAUUGAACGUGUCCAGAAAUAUUUUACAAGAAGAGUUCUCCACUCCUCUGAAUACAACAAAAUAUUUUAUGCCACCAGUCUUGAAAUCCUGGGUCUAGAAAAUUUAGAACUACGCCGCCUUCGACAUGACCUGAGUUUAACUCAUAGAAUCAUCUAUUACAAUGUCCUUCCUGUCAAAGACUACUUCAGCUUCAAUUUUUAACAAUAUACGAGCACACAAUAGAUUUAAGCUUAAUGUUAACCACUCCAGUCUUGAUUGCAGAAAAUAUGACUUCAGUAACAGAGUUGUUAAUGCUUGGAAUAAACUUCCAGACUCUGUGGUCUCUUUCCAAAAUCCCCAAAGCUUCAACCAAAAACUGUCUACUAUUGACCUCACCCCAUUUCUAAGAGGUCUGUAAGGGGCAUGCAUAAGAGCACAAGCGUGCCUACCGUUCCUGUCCUAUUGUUUCCUUUCAUUAUAUCCAAUUAAUAUAGUUAUUACAUACUCAUACUUAUAUAUAUGCUUAUAUAUUGUAUAGUUAUUACAUGCUUAUGCUUAUAUAUACUGUGUGACAAAAAUAAAUAAAUAAAUAAAAAUAAAACAAUAUCUGCAGCACAGGUCAAAAGUUGCAAGAUGGCAGGUAUAGCACACAAUCCAGGCCCCACCACUGUCAUUGAACACAUAUGCAAAGGGGUAAGGAUGGGAACAUGAUGCUGUGCCCCUCAUUCUCCCCACCCCAUUCCCAUGGACACUUCUGAAUUGCAAACACAUAUUGCAUUAUGGAUCUGAUAUUACUUCCAUCAAGGUCAAUCCUACAAAAUUAUGCAGUUUAUAAUGCUGCAUCAUAGUAGCAGUCAGAUUAAAGGGCCAACUCCCAGGUGGGCUUGCAACCUAGAUACCCAUUUUCUUGCUUCAGCCUAUCAAUUAAAAUAAUAAUUGGACACUAUUUUAGGUAUCUCAUAUAUAAAGGUAAAUUGAUUAGAAAGAAAAAUAUUUGGUUUUUUGCUUGUUUAAGCUUAUCGGCUACUUCAAUCACAGCUAUAAAUCUAGGCAACUUACAUAAUACAUAUAAUUAAUCUUAAACCACGCACCCCAGAUUCUUCUCUCGGUUAUUUUGCACAGUGGGAUGGGAACAUUUCCUUUUCUUUUUGAUGUUCUUCUGGAUUUGUUAAAAUAUCAUUUUCUUAUUAUUAUUAGGGAUCACAAAUAUAAGCUGUUCAUGUGGGGAAGUAGAUUCAGUAAGAUACGUUAUUAGCAUCAGCCAUGAAUUAAAGUAUGGGAACAAAAUUACUGCCUUUUGGACUGUGAAGGACCUUCCCAGUGGUCUGAAGACUGAAAAUAACAGCUUACUACCUUCUUGACAAUGAGGUGGCUUUGAGUGCUAAUCUGGGGCAGAGCCUAAAAAUGAUUCUUUAAACGCUGUAGCCCCCUUGUGGCCAUGGCUGCCCUUUUCUUCCACAAGAGCCUUGUUGUGAACAACACGGACAAUGAUGAGCUGGAGCUGGAACGGGAGCUCACCCGAACAUUAGAGAACAAAGUAAUGCUCCUCUAUUUUGGCUCUGGUGAAUGUCCACGAUGCCAAGAGUUUGUGCCCAUCCUGAAGGAAUUUUUUGUGAAACUCACAGAUGAGUUUUAUAUGGAGCGAGCGUCUCAACUAGUUCUCAUCUAUGUGUCGCUGGACAACACUGAGGAAAAGCAAGACAGGUUUCUGAAGAAAAUGCCAAAGCGAUGGCUGUUUUUACCUUUCCAGGAUGAGUUCAAAAAGGAGCUGACAUUAAGAUUUUCAGUGACCCAUCCCCCUGUGGUGGUAGUUUUGAAACCAAAUGGUGAAGUCAUUGCCCCCAAUGCUGUGGAAGAAAUCAAAGAGCAAGGCACAAAUUGCUUCAAGAACUGGCAAGAGGCAGCUGAUUUGGUGGACAGGAACUUCCUUUUAUCUCAGGACUCUGAGGAUGUGACCCUGAGAAGUAUCACUGAUCCCAUUCGGCGGUUCAAGUACAAACUGGUUAAGAACAAAAGAAAAACAAGAAGCAAAGGUGGUGAUAAGGAUGAAGUCUUCUGAUGAGAUGUUUCUUCUUGGAACUUCAGGUUGGUGAAUGUGAGGGUUUGAGAACCUAUGAACAUUAAAUAUCUACAACCACACUGUGGUUGGACACAGAAAUUGUUAAUUGCAAAUGUAUUUCGAGAUUUGAAAAUCUAAAAUAUUUUUUUUCUAAAAGAAAUUAAAACUUGCAGCUAUGAAAUUAUUAGUUAUCUAUAUAGUGUUUAUCGUAAUUGGAACCUGGAAUGAACGUAUGUCAUAAUGCAUUCAAGGUACUUAAAAGGGCUGUGAACACUUUAUAAAUAAUUCGGAAGAGCUUCAGACCUCAAAACCACACAAUCUCUCUCUUUUUUCAGACUUUCUGAUGAGCCUGGGGGGAAAAAAAUCUUGUCUAUUUGAAAGGGUGAAAUGAUUAAAGACACGGUGACCCUUAAAGAAGCAACAACUUUUUAUUUUUAUGCUUUAGGGCUUAGGCAGAAGUCUGAAAUGAGUAGAUGUUUCAAUGAACAGCAGAAGUGCUGUGCUUGCACUCACCUCAGAUCUAAAUAACUUCUUCCAAAUACACUGAUUUUACAAGCAUGCCUAGCUCUAGGAAACAAUGGGGGCUGCACUGAGCUUUCUUUCCUGGAAUAACAACAGAAACCACGGAAGAUAAAAGUGAAAAUAUCUUUGUUUGCAUACUUUAUCAUAAAACACUUUCCGAGCAGAUCUCCUUUCUGAGGUGGAGGGGGACCCUUUGUCACCAACUCUCAGCAUUUCUUUUGAUUUUCUGGCAUCAAACUUUAUCCCCUUGCCAUGGUCAGAGUUCCUCAGGUUAUAUUCUUCCUAGUAAUCAGUUCUUCUUGGGCAAGCUGCCACCAAUUGUUUUAGCAGGAGAAAAAGUUUUUCUUCCUGGCUGAACCAGGAAGUCUCUGUCUGUUUUAAGUCUCAGGUUUGAAGUGACUCUAAAUUCUAAUUGCUUGGCUUGCUGCUUAAGGGACUAGCCCUGCAAUGGGCAGUAUAGUCAAGUAUAUAAAGAUGGUUUUUUUAAAAAAAUAAAUCCAAAUAAACGAAGUCUUAUUGAUGAUCUAAUACCAUCCCUUCUCUACAGUCUUUUUAGCUUUUUUUUUAAUAGGAGGACUUUCCCACUUUUUCUUUCAGUCACUCAUUGGUCACUCUCAACUUGCAAAUAACUCUUUCUCCUAACUGCAAACAUCCUUUUUUAGGAACCUGAUGAAGGCAGGACAUUUUAAUUCUAUAGUACCAUCACCCAUAGCAUAGCAAUGCUAUAUUUCAAUCAAUGAAAAGCUAAUUCUUGUUUUUAGAGACUGACUGUACAUUUUACUUUAUCUGAAAAUAGAAACUAUUGAGAAGCCAGGGUAGACAGAAUUUGGAUUGGAGAAGUAAAAAUAGUACAUUGUUUGUUAAGCAGAAAAAAGAAACAUAGAUAAUAUUACUUUUGUGACCUAUGGAAUAAUGAGUGAGAAUUGUUAUUUCAAAGAAAUUUAAUAAACAGCAUUUGACACAUACCACAUAUUUUUAUCAGAUUCCUUUGAGAACAUAUAACCAAUCCUUUGAGAAUUAAUUAUAAUCACCCUGUUGUAGGAAAUUUGGGUUUGUCCUCUUGCUAUAUUUUGAUCUGAGAUUCAUAGUACUGCUAAACUAAUAAUUUUCUCUAGCUGUUUUCCUAAUAAUUGAGAUCCAUUGAAGUAUCAAGAUUAUGGAUAAUACAUCAUCAUUAUGAAAACCUAUAAACAUCGUUUUGUCUAACUUGCUGCAGUGAUUAUUUCUAAUUAGUAUGGGUCCUGUUGUUUUCUGCAAUGUGAGUGUAUAGUAACCCUGUUGUUUAAUUAAAUAGAAUUUAAAAACGGAAUGUUGCCUAAUUUCUUGUAGUUCUUUCUAUCGUGAUAUAUUUUCAUGCAAUUGUCAAAAUGUUUUCUUUC